AUGGAGAGGUAUAGAGCAAGAAUUGGUUUGGCACAUGCUGUGGUGAAUGUGUCAAACAAGAUUUGGGCUUUUAUUGAUGAAAUUUUUGAGGUUACUAUUCUAUAUAACAUGACUCAACAGCUGACUUUGAGAUUGAUGCACACUGAAACACAUGUUGAGCUCAUCCUUACACUAGUUUAUGCCAAAUGUGAUCGCAUUGAAAGAAUUGAACUAUGGGAUACUUUGUAUGCAAUGGCAUCAGAUAUGACAGUACCAUGGCUAGUUGGAGGCGACUUUAAUGUGAUAUGGGACGAGGAAGAUAAGUAUGGAGGAUUGCCGGUUUCUCUCCUCGAAGUAGAUGACUUUAGGCACUACAUAAAUACCUGUAACUUGACAGAUUUGGGAUUUAAAGGAAGCAUAUUUACAUGGUGGAAUGAAAGAUCAGAGGAGGACUGUAUUUUUAAAAGAUUGGACAGAUGUUUUGGCAAUAAUGAAUUGCAACAGACCUUUCCUGGAUUGGAGUUAAAGAAUCUUAAGCAAGCACUAUCUACCUGGAGCAGAGCUACAUAUGGGGAUAUAUUCCAGAAGAUUUCAAGCCUGGAGGAGGUGGUCCUGGUUCAUGAAAGACAAUUUGAAGUCAAUCCUACACAGAUGAACAGACAAAGAUUACAACAGGUACAAGCUGAAAUGAUUAAAUAUCUUGCAUUAGAGGAAGAAUUCUGGAGACAAAAAGCUGGCAUGUUAUGGUUCAAAGAUGGCGACAGAAACUCUAAAUUCUUCCAUGCUCAAGUUAAUGGGAGAAGAGACUAA